AUGGCGCUCAGCAUCGCCCAACGAGCGAACGACAAUGACACACAGAUGGAUGUGCUCCCGACGCCAGAGCCUGUCUCGCGCGCAACGACCUCACGACGUUCGUCAUGGUGUGAUGACGACCCGUCAGGCGAGGAAAACCUGACAAACGUCGUGAGUGUCGAGCCGACGCCUCCGGACGGUGGCUAUGGCUGGGUUGUCGCUGUCGGCUUGUUCCUGGUGAACACGCACACAUGGGGCAUCGCAUCUGCCUGGGCCAUUAUUAUGGCCUAUUAUCUCCGCACCCACCAGAUCGAGGGCUCCCAUCUUGAGUUUGGCAUCAUAGGCGGCCUUGCCAUCUCGCAGGCCCUCAUGGUCUCCCCGCUCGUGGGCACGGUGCGAAAGUACCUCGGUUCACGGCCGACAUCACUUGUGGGAUCUGUCUUGAUCUUUGUGGCGUUGCUCACAUCAUCCUUUGCGACCAAGGUAUGGCAACUGUUCCUCACCCAAGGGUUCUGCUUCGGCUGGGGCAUGGGUCUCUGCUAUGUCACCGCCUCGCAGCUCCUGCCACCUUGGUUCACCAGGAACAGGAGUCUUGCGGUCGGCCUGGCUACCUCAGGAACAGGCAUUGGCGGUCUCAUAUACAGUCUGGCUGCGCACAGUAUCCUGGAACGGUUGGGCAUAGAGUGGACGUGGCGCAUCCUCGCCUUUUGCUCCCUUGCCGGGAACGGCGUUGCUGCCCUGCUCAUGAGGGAAUGGGGAGGGCGGUCGCGCACUUUUCCGGAGGAGUUCAAGUUCAACCCUAGGGAUUUUGGACGCGUCGAGCUCCUCCUCAUCAUUCUCUGGGGCGUUUCGACCGAGCUGGGGUAUAUCAUCCUGCUCUACUCGUUGCCAGUGUACGCCAACUCCAUCGGUCUCAGCGCCCAGCAGGGCACUGUCGCCAACGCCCUCUUCAACGUCGGCCUGGCCGUCGGCCGACCUUUCCUGGGAUGGUUCAGCGACGUCUUUGGUCGCAUCAACGUGGCGGGGUUGACGGCCUUGCUGACCUCCAUCUUCUGCUUCGCGCUGUGGAUGCCCUCUACAUCCUACGCGUCGCUUCUUGCCUUCGCCCUCUUGGCAGGCUCGCUCUGCGGUACCUUUUGGGCGGCGGUUACACCGGUGCUUGCUGAGGUUGUUGGCAUUCGCAAGCUGACCAGCACCAUUGGCGUUGUCAUGAUCGCCAUGGUAGCACCAGCGACCUUUGCUGAGCCUAUUGCGUUCGCAAUGGCCGGGGAGACCUCGUCGUUCACGUCUGCGCAGCUCUUUGUGAGUUUCAUGUUCUUGCUCGGCUCCCUGACCUUGUGGUGCCUUCGAAGCUGGAAGAUCUUUGUUGAUGCCGAGGCCGAGGCGUCACGCAGCCACGGCGUGCAGAGAAGCGUAAAGAAGCACAACUGGUGGUUCUCAUGCCAUCUGCUCCUGGCAGCUUGGGGCGCGGUGGCUGCCGUGUCAGGGGCGUACGUCCAAACCCAUGAUUGCGCUGGCGGCCACACCGACCGAGGAAUGAAAGCCUUCAUUCACGGGUACGAGGAUGGCCACAUGCAGCUUCAACUCGACAUUGCCGACAACUUGGGGCGGAACGACCAGUGCGAGACAGAGCGCCAGGGGAACAAUGCGACAGCGAACCUGAAGAUGUCGACUCUGGGCAGUGUCCACGUCUACGACGCAGUCUCAUCCAACUACACAUGCCUGGGCGGUAUCUGGGGGUACUAUGAGUUCGACCUGAACGUUGUUCAGCCUCAUCUCAUCAACACAUACCUGCUCCGUGUCGAGCUGCGCAACUCCGCCAACGUGGUGCAGGGCUGUAUCGACGCGCACUUGACGCCAGAGCUCCCUGGGCCCUUUGUCCGGGCCAUCACAUGGGCGCCCAUCUGCAUCUUCGCGCUCAUUGUCCUCGUGGCCCUGUGGCGGGAGACUGCAAACCUGUCACACGACUGUAGUGAAGACUUGGGUCCUUCGACAAGGGAAUCUUCUCAUGGCCACGUCACACGCGUCGCUGACUAUCUCUCCUACCUCCAAUUCAUCUUCUUCUCGGCCGCGCUGAGUCUGCACUAUCCAGGAUUCUUGCAGCCUGUCGCCAGUCGCACCAGUUGGUCCACGCUCAUGUUUCCCGCCGGGAUGGUGCAGAGAAAGAGCUGGUAUCCAGGCGUCUCGGACGGCAUCUACGAGAGCAAUGGAACCAUGACGGGGUCCGCUGGCUUGGAGGUCAUGACCCAGGUGGUCGGCGGCGCCGUCACCGUUGACAAUUGGCUGAACAUUGUCUCCCUAGCUGCCUUGAUCUUCUUUGCUUUGGUCGUGCUUGUGUACCUGGGCGUCAAGCUGACCUGGUCGAGAGACUGGUUUCGAUCGACCCACUCGUUGAGUUUCCGUCACGGCGGCGACCAGCGAGCCGACCUCACGGCUGUUCUGUGGACCGCAGUUCGCCUGUUCUGUGCGUACCUACUUGUUCCGCUGGUGGCGUGGACAACGUAUCAGCUGGUUCACGUCGGGAACAUCCCCAUCUACUACUCUGUGGCCGCCUCUGCUAUUGUCUGCGCCUUGAUCCUCCUCGUUUGGUGGGCAACAUCCUAUGGAGACCCGCGCAACAUGGGCUAUCUGCUGGUCGAUGAUUCGAAGAACCACGGUGACGCGGCAAGUCCCUCGCGCAUGCGGAGCUACUACUCAACUGGCGUCUAUGUCAUGCUUGUUCUCCGAGGCAUCACCCACGGUGGUUUGGAAUUACACGUUCUCUACGUCUCUUCCCCGCCUGGCAUCGCCAGCAUCCUACCGAGCUGGCUCGCUCUUGUCAGAUGCGAACCAGCAGUCGUUCUUCCGACCACCGCGCACUCCAUCAGCCGUGCUGCCCUCCCGCUUGUCUUCGUCGACCUGGCAGCACGAACCCGCGACUAG